AUGUCGAGCCUUAUACUGUUUCUUUACGUUUUCUUUUUCACAAUUUGCAGCGCUUUCCGAUACGAUGAGGCCUAUGUGCAAUAUAAUCUUAACGAGAACAAGACCGCUACCGAUCCGCUCGACUACUGGGGCGAGUGGACCGGCCACACAUACACACCUUCCCCAGAGAACUGGAGAUUCCCUUGGUAUACCUUGUUCUUAGACAGAUUUGUCAAUGGGGAUCCUUCCAAUGAUAAUAUCAAUGGCACCAGCUUCGAACAUGACACCAAUUCAAACCAGAUGCGACAUGGUGGCGAUCUCCAAGGUUUGGUGGACACAUUAGAUUACUUACAGGGCAUGGGCGGCUUGUAUAUCGCAGGGUCACCCUUCAUCAAUAGUCCUUGGGGCUAUGACCAGUACUCCCCUCUUGACCUCUCUAUCCUCGACCAACAUUUCGGUAAUAUCCAGAUGUGGAGAACGGCAAUCGAGGAGAUACAUGCGAGAAGUAUGUAUGUUGUCUUGGAUAACACAUUCGCGACACUCGGAGAUCUCAUCGGAUUCAAUGGUUACCUUAACGCCACCACCCCUUUCAGCCUUGAUGAACAUCAGGUUCAAUGGAAAACAAAUCGUCAAUACUACGACUUCGAGAUUGGCAACAACUAUAACAAGACGUGCCAGUAUCCCAAGUUCUGGCUCGAAACAGGAUACCCAGUCGACGAAGAAACAACAAAAGCAAUGGUCGGCUGCUAUGACAGUGACUUCGAUCAGUAUGGAGACACAGAAGCGUUUGGUGUUUUCCCUGACUGGCGUCGUCAACUAUCAAAGUUUGCAUCCGUGCAGGAUCGUCUACGUGAAUGGCACGAGCCUGUGCGACGCAAGCUGGAGAACUUUUACUGCAUGUUGAUUGCCCAGCUUGACAUCGAUGGCUAUCGAUAUGACAAGGCUACACAAAGUACUGUUGAAGCCAUGGGUUUCAUGAAUGAAGCGAUGCGUCAAUGUGCUGCGCGUCAUGGCAAAGACAACUUCUUCCUACCUGGAGAAAUUACUGGUGGUAAUGUUUUCGGAAGUCUUUUCAUUGGCCGUGGUCGACAACCUGACAUGCUUCCGGAUAAUCUAACUGCGGCGGUUACCAUGACCAACAAUUCUGAUGACAAGUAUUUCCUACGAGCCCCAGAACAUGGAGGUCUUGAUUCUGGCGCCUUUCACUAUACAGUCUAUCGCACACUCACUCGUUUCCUUGGUAUGGACGGCAAUCUUGAAGCAGGAUACGAUGCACCACCCAACUGGGUAGAUAUGUGGAACGAUUUCAUGUUGACCAAUGACUUCGUCAAUCCCAACACUGGCAAAUUUGAUCCUCGACAUAUGUUUGGAGUCACGAAUCAGGAUGUCUUUCGCUGGCCUGCGAUCACAAACGGUGUUCAGCGCCAGCUAUUGGGACAUUUUGUGACAACCAUCGAACUUCCUGGAGCCCCGCUCCUUCUAUGGGGUGAGGAACAGGCCUUCUAUGUCCUUGAUAAUACUGCCUCCAACUACAUUUUUGGUCGGCAGGCUAUGUCCUCAGCUACUGCCUGGCAAACGCAUGGUUGCUAUAACCUCGAUUCAACGCAGUAUUACCGAAUGCCGCUUAAUGCAGCUCGUCGUGGAUGUCACGACGAUACCGUGUCAUUCGACCAUAGAGACCCGUCACACCCAGUUCGCAACAUCAUCCACCACAUGAACCAGCUUCGAGACCAAUUUCCAGUUCUUCAAGAUGGUUUCUUCCUCCAACAGUUGUCGAAUCAAACACAGCAAGUCCAAUAUCCUGGCUCUGGCAAAGUCACUACAGAAACUGGCAUGUGGUCAGUCCUUCGAUCCGGCUUUCCUGGACACCAAGACCUCAGUGGCACUGGGGCGGGGAACCUGCCAAUCUGGUUGUUAUAUUCCAACACCAACGAUUCACGAACAUGGGAAUUCGAUUGCAACAAUAACGACACUGCUCUGAACACCACAAGCUUAAUCUCUCCCUUUGACGCCGGGACUACUGUUAAGAAUCUUUUUCAUCCAUACGAUGAGCACACAUUACUCGAAAGCGUCCAUUCGUUGGGCAUCAAUGGAAGUGAGUUAUCAAAUGGCUGUCUGGCAAAGCUAGAUAUGGAAGCAUACGAUUAUCGUGCAUAUGUGCCUAUCGAUCAAUGGGUUGGUCCAAAACCCAUGAUUACCAAAUUCAGCCCUGGUCAUGACGUCCGAAUACAGUCUACUGUUGGCGCCAACGAGACUGAAUCCGUCGAGAUUGAGUUGCGCUUCUCUGUUGAAAUGAGCUGUGACAGUGUCACAAACAGCAUUGUGCUCAAUUCCACCACCGAGUCUGGAAUCAUCCCUGAAAUUGAUACUGACAGUGUCAGCUGCAAUGUUAUGAGCAACCCUGAAACUCCUGACUAUGUGGGUGCAAUAUCAUCAACUUGGUCAUGGUCCGCUCGCCUGAAUGGAGUGGCCAAUGGUAUUCACGCAAUAAUCGUCCGAAACGCGACCAGCGAAGGAGGUGACCAACAUACCAAUGCCGUGGACAAAUUCUUGUUCAGAAUCGGUCAGCUUGACAAUCCCAUAGUCUUCACUAAGAGUGCGAACUAUUCGUCUACACUUCUCACCAAGACUGAUUCCGGUUCCUUGGUGCUUUCUCACUCUGCUGCUGGUGCAGACCAAUGGCGAUACUCAACCAACUGGGGUUCCUCUUUCUCAGACUGGCAACCAUACAAGGGUGGGCAGACGGAGAUCAAAGAACAACCUUGGUCUGGUACUAAGCUUCAGAAGUGGAAAGGCACUCAUGUACGCGUCGAAUACUUCAGUCGUUUCGCUGGCAGUAGUGACCACAUUCAACAAGCUGAUCUAGAUGGUCAUACACCAAGACGCUUUCCUCACCUAUUCCUUAACGGACCAUACAAUCAAUAUGGAUUUGACGCAGGUCUAGACAACGAAAUGAAAUUGACGGAUAAUUCGACGUGGGAGCAUCAUUUCAUGACUGAAUGGAGCCUCAAAGGAACUUUGGCGCAGAUAAAUGUUUGGGGAGUCAACCCUGAUGGCCAGCCCGAUCAAACAUAUGUACUUGGCGAUGCAGAUGGAGAUUCCGUUCUCGAUCGGCUUCCACCAUCUUCCCUUUCCUCAGUGGUACUCAACAUCACCCAGCCCCCACCAAAACCUCAUUUGGGCUGGAGAAUCGUCAUCAAUGACGGUACCAUGCGAUUUGCUCUUCAACCUUCGGGAAGCAUGUACAACCAGAUGAUUCUGUACAUACUCUUGUGGGUUGUUCCGGUUUUCUUGGCUGCCGUUGCUGUCUGGGCAUUCAUGCAGUCCUUCUACAGCGUCAAGUUCAACGAGAUCGGAAUAUCAGAGAAGGCAAACUUGAUCCCUGAAAUAUUCAAGAAACAAUUCAAGCGACAUGACGAAGAGGCAGGUUCUGGAAUCAUGGCCAAAUUUACCCGCAAACAGAAGUUCCUGCAAUCCACCGACCUUGUAAUCAAUCAAGAAAGACGUCGGACGGUACUAAUUGCCACAAUGGAAUAUGAUAUCGAAGACUGGCAAAUCAAGAUCAAGAUCGGCGGACUGGGCGUCAUGGCUCAAUUGAUGGGCAAGAACCUUGGACACCAAGAUCUCAUCUGGGUGGUGCCUUGUGUCGGAGGUGUCGACUACCCCGAGGACAACAGAGCUGAUCCCAUGACUGUCACGAUUCUGGGUAAGCCCUAUGAGGUGCAAGUUCAGUACCAUGUGCUGCGAAAUAUCACCUAUGUUCUCCUGGACGCACCCGUGUUCCGAGAGCAGACAAAGAGCGAGCCAUACCCACCGAGAAUGGACGACUUGUCGUCUGCAAUCUAUUAUUCUGCUUGGAACCAGUGCAUCGCUCAGGCUAUCAACAGAUUCCCCGUGGAUCUCUAUCAUAUCAACGACUAUCACGGCUCAAUUGCACCACUAUAUCUUCUUCCUCGAACGAUUCCCGCAUGUCUUUCUCUUCACAAUGCUGAGUUCCAGGGUCUGUGGCCCAUGCGUACCAAGCGUGAGCGUGAGGAGGUCUGUUCUGUUUUCAACCUUUCUUCCGAGCUUGUUCAACGUUACGUCCAAUUCGGAGAGGUUUUCAAUCUUUUACACGCAGGUGCUUCAUACCUUCGAGUCCAUCAACAGGGCUUUGGUGCUGUUGGUGUAUCCAAGAAGUAUGGUAAGCGAUCUUAUGCUCGGUAUCCCAUUUUCUGGGGUCUCAAGAAGGUCGGUAAGCUACCGAAUCCCGAUCCUUCUGACACCGGUGAAUGGGACAAGAAGCUUCCAAAACAGGAAGACAUCCAUGUUGAUCCUGUCUUUGAAGCUGCUCGUCCAGAAUUAAAGAGACAGGCACAGGAAUGGGCCGGGCUUGAACAGAAUCCAAAAGCUGAAUUGUUCGUCUUCGUUGGCCGCUGGUCCAUGCAAAAGGGUAUUGACCUGAUUGCGGAUGUCUUCCCAUCAGUUCUCGAGUCAAAUCCAAAUGCUCAGUUGAUUACUAUCGGACCUGUGAUCGAUCUGUACGGCAAGUUCGCAGCCAUGAAGUUGGACAAAAUGAUGAAAAUUUAUCCUGGAAGAGUCUUCUCCAAGCCUGUUUUCACAGCGCUUCCGCCAUUCAUCUUUUCUGGCGCCGAGUUUGCUUUGAUUCCCUCUAGAGAUGAGCCUUUCGGCUUGGUGGCUGUCGAGUUCGGUCGCAAGGGAGCUCUUGGGGUUGGUGCCAGAGUCGGUGGAUUAGGUCAAAUGCCAGGAUGGUGGUACACUGUUGAGAGUGUUUCCACGGUACAUCUGAUCCACCAAUUUAAGCAAGCGAUUGAGGAAGCUUUGAGUUCCAAGACGGAAGUUCGUGCUUUGAUGAGAGCUCGGAGUAGCUUACAAAGAUUUCCAGUCGCGAGUUGGGUUGAGGACCUUGAAGUUCUGCAGUCUACAGCCGUCAAAAUUCACGACAAAGUCGAAGCAUCGAAAAGGAAUAUGGCAACAGGGGACAUGAUACGACCAAUUUCUGGUGCGACUACCCCCGCCAUGUCUGGUUCCGCUACCCCAUCAGGUCUGCAGACCCCCGUCUUUGGGCAUUCCAGACUUUCAAGCCAUGCAGGCUUGUCUUCACUUGCGGCACGGCUCAAGAACAUCGGCCACAGUCGAGAACAAAGCCACGAUGAACAGUCCCACACGCCCAGGGACUCUUCCAAGUUGUCGAAGGGACUUUCAAGGUCGGCCUCCCUUGGUUCCCGGAGAGGGCCGGGCCAUGUUAUCGUCCAUGAUCAACACGAUGGUGAUGAGUCAGGUUUGCCAACUGUCCUGUCUCCAGUGCCUGAUGUGGAGGGUGAUGACAGUGGACUUGGUACCGCUGUGAUGAGGUACGGCGAUGAGGGAGAUCAUGCCUCUGAUCCAGAAGAUAGUGAUUUUGAUGAAGAUGACCACAUUACUAUGCCAACACGAACUCGGGGUCGUUAUGAACGCGUGCCAGCGGAUGGUGACGGGUCACAAUCACCACCUUUGGACGGGGCAUUUGGCUACUCGAGGACUCCUGGUCUUGAACUGACCCAAUUCCCCAAACAGAGGCCUGGUAUCAGUCCUUAUACUGGUCACUCAACUCCCCCAACCCCUCACCUUGGACCAGAAUCCGGCCUUCUUGCUCCUCCUCGAGCUUUUGGAGACGGAAGUAAUCGAAUCUCCUCCACCCCCUCGAUGCUUUCAAUCAGUUCGAUUGUAGGGGAGAAGACCGACUUCAAGCUGCAAAAAGUCGAUCCCUUUUUUACAGACACCAGUGGCGAGUUUUCGAGAGCAUUCGAAAAGAAACUAGAGACUCUCAAUGGCGGCAACUCUGAAUCCACCACAUGUAUUGAAGAGUUCCUCGUCAAGUCUGAGAAGACCUGGUUCACCAGUUUCCGUGAUGCCAAACUGGGCCGACAUCAUUACACACCAAGCGCUCAGCAAUCGCGUGUGACCUCCGCAGCACCCUCAAUUUUUGGUGAACAAAGCGAGCAUGACAGCGAGGGACACGAAAGUGACCAAAACAACCUAGGAGAUGAAUUCUUGCUCGGCAAAGACUAUGUGCCUCCAACCGGUGUGAGAAAAUGGAUGCAGUUGCGGAUUGGAGACUGGCCAGUCUAUGCCUUCUUCAUGGCAUUUGGUCAGAUCAUCGCAGCGAACUCGUAUCAAAUCACUCUAUUGACCGGAGAAGUGGGUCAAUCAGCAGAAAAACUGUAUGUGGUUGCAUCCAUCUAUCUGGCCACCUCAAUCUGCUGGUGGAUUCUCUUCCGACGCUUUAGCUCAGUUCUUUGCCUGUCACUACCAUUUUUCUUCUACGGUAUGGCUUUUAUCCUUAUUGGAUUGGCUCACUAUGCCUCGACUGUCAGUGGGAGAGGAUGGGUUCAGAACGUUGGGACUGCGUUCUACGCAAUGGCUUCCUCGUCUGGUUCGAUCUUCUUCGCGCUGAACUUUGGUGACGAGGGAGGUGCCCAAGUCAAAGCCUGGGUCUUCCGUGCUUGUGUGAUCCAGGGCACUCAACAAGUCUACGUCGUGGCUCUUUGGUAUUGGGGUUCGUACCUCAACAAGACCCAGACCAAUAGUCUACUAGCUACAUCUGACCCGAUCACGAACUCAUGGAAGAUUACCGCCAUCACAUUGCCCAUCGCAUGCCUCUUGUGGGCAGUCGGCCUUCUCAUGUGGUUUGGUCUGCCUACCUACUAUCGACAGGCACCUGGAAAAAUGCCCAGCUUCUACACCAGUCUCGGCCGACGUAAGAUUGUACUUUGGUUCUUCGCUACCGUCCUGAUCCAGAACUUCUUCCUCUCAGCCCCUUAUGGUCGCAAUUGGUCGUUCCUUUGGAGUAGUCCCCACACAUCUACUUGGCAAGUUGUCAUCCUCGUGGCGGUGUUCUUUAUCGGUGUCUGGGCUGGUAUCCUGUGGAUUUUGGGAAUGUUAUCCAAGUCUCACAGCUGGAUCCUUCCUCUCUUCGCCAUCGGUCUCGGUGCGCCUCGUUGGGCUCAAAUCUGGUGGGGAACCAGCAAUAUUGGACUUUACCUUCCUUGGGCCGGUAGUUAUACGACAGGAGCACUACUCUCGCGCGCUCUAUGGCUGUGGCUCGGCACAUUAGAUGCACUACAAGGUGUCGGCUUAGGCAUGAUACUCCUUGCUACACUAACCCGAGUACACGUUGCUUUCACUCUCAUCAUGGCCCAAGUUCUGGGUUCGGUGGCCACGAUAGUCGCUCGAGCAUGUGCACCAAACAAUAUCGGCCCAGGACCUAUCAGUCCAGACAUCAGCACCGGUUUCGCAAGUAUCUUCACUGCGUGGUUUUGGGUCGGCCUCAUUGCCAACUUGAGCAUCUGCGUGGGUUAUUUCAUGUUUUACCGCAAAGAACAGCUUAGCAAGCCUUGA